AAACCAACAGAGGGGGGAACGGACUAAACCAACAGAGGGGGGAACAGACUAAACCAACAGACAGAGGAACAGACAGUGGAGCAGAACAACCCCAGACCACAGACAGUGCAGCCAUGUCUCACCGGCAACAGAUCUGAACACAGAGAGGGUUUAUGCUUGGAUUACCACUGCUACACACACACACUGACAGACACACACUGACAGACACACACACACACACACACACACACACACACACACACACACACACACACUCACACACUCUGAAGGAGUCUGUGCUGCUGAGUAACUGGGUCUGGUGUGUGUGUGUCCUGGUGCAUCGGUGUGUGUACCAGUGUGUGUAGAGCGGUGUGUGUCGGAGGACGGUGGUAUGGCGCGCUGGGAGAGCCGGUCGUGGAGUUGGUCGUUAAUGAUGUCUCUCCUCCUCUCUCUGUCUGCUCACGGAGACCUCUCAUUGACCACCGUCAGCAGGACGGAGGUCCAGCACAGCCAAUCAUCUUUCUCCGCUGUAGAAAGGGCGGUGCUUAUCGGUGAUGACUCAGCAGAGCUGAUUGGUUUAGGGUUAGGACUAGCAGCUGGACUUCCUCUCAGCGCCAUCAAACUCAAACCCUCUCACAGAAGACACUCCCACUUGGACUUCACUGAACAGGACGAUCAGCCAAUCAGAGAAGAGAUAACUGGCGGGGAAUCUCAGGAACGCUCAGAUGAUAUCAUCAAGAUGGAGUUCCAUAACCCCGACCGCCCCUUGACCCCUGACCUCUCGUCUGAUUCUGAUUGGCUGACGGCUGUAGUUCAGCCCCUGCAGCAGCGGGCGGGAGACCCCACAGCCUGGACUCUGUCAGAUUUCUACGACUAUUUGUCCCCCGAUGACGAACUCUCCACCAUAGACACAACCCUUGACCCUGAUCCGACCCUGACCCCUCUGGCAGACAUGGAGGAUGAAAACCAAUCGCUCACUGGCUCCCCUGUCCCCAAUGUUACCCCUGACAAUGAUGACCCCCAGCCACCCUCUCAGUCUCAGCCCCCCUCUCAGUCUCAAUCCCCCCCUCCUCCUUCCCCUCCUCAGGGGUCAGAUGGGUGUGGUCUGGGCUUUGUGAGGUCAGAGGUCGGGGGUGAGUGUGUGUCUCAGUGUGACGCACAGCCUGACUUCUGCUACAACAGAGGAGUUUGUACCAUCGCUACUGGAAUAGGAGUAUUCUGCAGAUGUAAUGUUCAGGACUAUAUGUGGAACAAGGGCUCUCGUUGUGAUUGGGUGGUGACAGACUUCCAGGUGCUGUGUGUGGUAGUGGGUGUGGCCUCUACGACCCUCAUCCUACUCAUCAUCAUCAUCGUCUUCUUUGCCAAACGACUCCACCACCUGAGGAUUGAGAACAGGCGACUCCGCAAACGCAGUAUAUACCGUCCACACAGCGAGAUGCAGACUGAUGGCUUCUCUGUUUCCACGGCGCAAGAUGGUUCCCAUGCCAACGAUGACCCUCAGAAAAUGGAGGACCCUGUAAAGUCUCAAUUCACUCAAGGGGAGGAGUCUCUGAACAUCGCCAACUCUCAUUCGCCCAAACAUAUUAACAACCGCCCUGCCCACUCCUCUGACCACACCCCUAACGCAGACCAGGAGCAGGAUGGAGUCACCAUUGGUCUACAGUUGCUCCUCCCUAAAGAGGCUAAGCUCCGCCCCGAGGCCAGCCCCCCUCUGCACUACAACGUCUUCCUCUACAAGAAGGGGACUGGUCCUUCUACUACUACCAGUAAUACUACCACCACUAACUACACCAGCCACAGCUUGGCUACUGCUUGGAACCACUCUGAGCCUAACAUACUGCCCAAUAGUGACUCCAAUAAGACUUCCUGGAACUAUACCAAUAACUCUAACCCUAACAUGAACUAUAACCCCAUUAAAGACUCACAGGUCUCUCAGAAUCACGUUACUCCUCAUCAUCAAUCUCACACCUCCCCCCAUCGUCACUCCUACCCCUCCUCCCCCCAUUACAGCUCCCUCCAUUUUACCUCUCCUCAGAGAACGCCUGUCUCCCCUCAUCAUGCUUCACACCAUUACCAGUCCUCCCCCUCCUCACCCCAUCAUAGCGCCUUCCAUUAUCCUUCCACCCACCACCAUAGUGCUGCCUCCCCUUCCUCCUCCCAUCACCUGCCCUACCAGCCCUCUUCCCCCGCUUCCUACACCCAGGGGUCACUCCAGAGCCCCCACUCAGACAAACCUCACCCCCAAGUCACUCUACAUCCCUCCCCUCCUCACCCAUCCUCCGCUAUCCCUCCUCACCAUCCUCCCCCCACCUCUCCCACCCUAUCAGCACCUACUCACUGUCUUAAUCCUAACCUCGGAAUACAACCGUACCAUACCCACAUCCCAAUCAUAGUCUAACUAUACCGCAAACAGCUAACCCUGACUACAUCCCAACCAUAGUCUAACCAUACCCUAGACCUGACUACCUCCCAAUCAUAGACUAACCACACCCUAGACCUGACUACAUCCCAAUCAUAGUCUAACCAUAACCUAGACCUGACUACAUCCCAAUCAUAGUCUAACUAUACCGUAAACAGCUAACCCUGACUACAUCCCAACCAUAGUCUAACUAUACCCGAGACCUGACUACAUCCCAAUCAUAGUCUAACCAUACCCUAGACCUGACUACAUCCCAAUCAUAGUCUAACCAUACCCUAGACCUGACUACAUCCCAAUCAUAGUCUAACCAUACCCUAGACCUGACUACAUCCCAAUCAUAGUCUAACCAUAACCUAGACCUGACUACCUCCCAAUCAUAGACUAACCACACCCUAGACCUGACUACCUCCCAAUCAUAGACUAACCACACCCUAGACCUGACUACAUCCCAAUCAUAGACUAACCACACCCUAGACCUGACCACAUCCCAAUCAUAGACUAACCACACCCUAGACCUGACCACAUCCCAAUCAUAGACUAACCACACCCUAGACCUGACUACAUCCCAAUCAUAGACUAACCACACCCUAGACCUGACCACAUCCCAAUCAUAGACUAACCACACCCUAGACCUGACUACAUCCCAAUCAUAGACUAACCACACCCUAGACCUGACCACAUCCCAAUCAUAGACUAACCACACCCUAGACCUGACUACCUCCCAAUCAUAGACUAACCACACCCUAGACCUGACUACCUCCCAAUCAUAGACUAACCACACCCUAGACCUGACUACAUCCCAAUCAUAGACUAACCACACCCUAGACCUGACCACAUCCCAAUCAUAGACUAACCACACCCUAGACCUGACUACAUCCCAAUCAUAGACUAACCACACCCUAGACCUGACUACAUCCCAAUCAUAGACUAACCACACCCUAGACCUGACUACAUCCCAAUCAUAGACUAACCACACCCUAGACCUGACUACAUCCCAACCAUAGACUAACCACACCCUAGACCUGACUACCUCCCAAUCAGACUAACCAUAACCUAGACCUGACUACCUCCCAACCAUAGACUAACCACACCCUAGACCUGACUACCUCCCAACCAUAGACUAACCACACCCUAGACCUGACUACAUCCCAAUCAUAGACUAACCACACCCUAGACCUGACUACAUCCCAACCAUAGACUAACCACACCCUAGACCUGACUACCUCCCAAUCAGACUAACCAUAACCUAGACCUGACUACAUCCCAAUCAUAGACUAACCACACCUAGAC